AGCAUAUGCGUGAACACCGCGCGCGGUGCGGGGAAUCCCCAUGCAAAGCUAGGUGGAUACAUUUACUCCGCUGAUAUGAUGCGCUGAAGGCCAAAGAGCGCGGCCUGGUCCUGUGGCCUGGCUUGGGCCGCGGGCAACAGCAAGCCGGCUAGGCUAACCAAGUCGACGCACCGGAACCGAGUAUAUUUAUAUUGACCACGCGGAAAAGCCAAACUAAGUAGUCGACUUGGCCCUUUGCUGCAUUAUGGCUACCACUACUGUGAACAAGAGUUAUUCAGAACAGCAAAGGGAGCGAGGGAAUACCUUCUACAAGUCGGCUACCGAUAACUAUGGUCCCACAAUCCGUCUCUUGAGGCUUGAUAACGCCCUCAUGUGUUACAGGAAUGCUCUUGAUUGGAAGACCAAUGAAGAUGAGGAGGUUUCUGCGAUGAAGAACAUUGGUUUGGCAUCCUGGAAGUUGGCUAGCACUUACCUAGAGAGUUCUCCAAUUAGAGAAGUAACGAAUAUCCGGAAGAAUUACAAAGAAGCCUUGAAAUAUUUGGGCAUGUCACAUGUGAACAGGUUCUGCAAGAGCUUAUCAUGGGGCGUCAAAUUGGAAGUAUCUUGGGAGAACUGUCUGAAAGAAACCACUGACUGGUUAGCUACUUUAGAAACCAAGGACAGAAUAGCUGGAUUUAGUGAGCUUCUAAGCUUUGUUCCAGACUGUAGACUAAAGGCUAAUGGAUACAUUCAGUAUGCAACACUUCUCUUUCAUGAGGGUGUUACUGCCUGGCAAGAUAGAGAGUACAAGGACUGUUACAGAUACAUGAAGGAAUGCUAUUUUCCUAUCCAAGAAGCAGAGAGACUGAGCUGCCAGGACCUGUUCAUCAAGACCGAAGUCGCUAUCUUAAGAGAAGAUGUUUACCUUCAUACGUGUAUUGCUGAAUCUGUCAUUGCUCGAGUCUCUGGUGAUGAACUGUUACACGAGGACUUGAAUGAGCAAGAAACAAUCAAUACAGAUGCAAUCUGGACAGUGAUAGACUUCUACAAACAAGCUGCUAUGUUGUGCAGGGAUAAAGACUUGGAGCAGGAGGCUAUAGCUUACAGUCGACUUGGAUGUGUAUAUGGGAAAGUCCUUAAAGCUUCAUCUCGAGGGAAGGAUUACUACAAGAAAGCAAUUCAGUUGGCUUUAAGCAUGACUCCAAGGACAUUUCAUGAUGUUGAUUGGUUCAAGGAAUCUACAAAGUUCGUCAAUGAGUUCCAGAGACGUCUAAACAAGGAAGAAGAGGAAGACAAGGACAAGGAAGCCGCCUUGAAGGAGAUGAAGGAAGACGUUGACAAACUCUCAAAGAUGGCUGCUGAAAUGUGUAAUGUAGAUUUUAUCAAGGAAAUCUAUAAGACAUGGCCACCUAGAGAUCCAGGGGCAAAGUUAGAUGAUAAACUUGCUACCAAGAAGCUGCUCUUGAAGGCCAUCAGUCACUAUCACCCAGACAAGGUGGACAAAGAGGUACAUGGCAAUAAAUGGUUCUAUUUCAGUGAAGAGAUCACCAAGCACCUUAAUAUCAAGUAUGGUAAUCAUAAAUGUACUCCUGCUGAUGAGUUACCCAAAUCCGAGCCUGAGGCCGAGUCCGAAGCAGAAUCUGAGUCAGAGUCCCUGGGUUCUGAGUCCGAGUGUGAGUCUUGGGAAUUUGAGUCUGAUUCUGAGUCUGAAAUGUUUAUGUGACUUAGGCCAUACAGGGCUAGAUGAUAAACCUGUAGCAAUUGAAUAGUAGAAGGACAUUUAGGUGAAGUAAGUGUUCGUAGUAAGUUGCAAACUUACUACAUUUAGUCACUUGAUGGUGAUUACUACACUUAUCAAGGUCUUAUGAAUAUGGACCUAGGUGGGUAAAUCAAUAAAUGUAUUAAGACAUUAUUGACAACGUCUUAAUUAAUUAAGAAAGAAAAAUUCUUCAUUAGUUCUCAUUGUCAUGAUAGUAUACAUUUUACUGAAUUUUUAUGGUUUUAAACACAUUGUGUAAUGCCUAUGUGUGUGGCUUUCAAUGCAAGCAUUAUAGCAAACUUGGGAAAAGUAUGAAAAAAUAAUAUUAAUCAUGAAAAUGAUUUUCCAAACAGUAUUCUUCAUUGCCAAUUUGAUAUUCCCAUAAAAUAUGUAUGUCCUAUUCACUAUAUUUGGGACACUUUUAUACUUUUAAGUUUAUGCAAGGUAGGGUAAUGAACUAAAAUUAUUAUUGUACUAGAAAUUCAUGAGAAGAGGUAAAUGUUGAGAAAAAUGAAGGAGAAUUUUGAAGUUACCAAUGAUCACAGAAUGUGAACAGAUGAUGUGUUUUUAACAGAAGUGCCAUUUCAUGAUUGAAUCUGAUUGAAUCAUGCAAUGGUUAGGGUUUACUUUCUUGUAAAUAUGCAAAAAUCUUUGGUUUUAAUAGUAAUAGGAUCUCAUUCAAGUACAACUCUUUUUAAAUUCAGCUUCUUAAAAAAUGUGUGUGAGACAUGAUUUUAUAAAAAUUAUUCUUCAUAAUGUGUAAAAGCUGAGGUACUGAUACUAUUUUUAUUGUAAAUUGAGUAUAGUUUGUAGGAUGUACUAUAUAAUGAUCUCAAGUUGCUUUUAACAUUGCCACAUUUAGACAUUUAUUCUGUCAUUUUCAAAAGCUUUAACCAUGUAAAUAAACUUCAUAGUACUCUAUCAAUAUACAUGUAGUAUAUGUUGAAUAUAGAAUAAUUGAAAUGAUAUCAUGUAUUCUAGAUCUCUGCAGUGUCUGUCUCUAUUAAUGGAAGUGAAUGUAAAUUUCAAUAUUCUGCUUUUACACAACAAAGGUGGAAUGUAGGUGAAAUUGUGGGAAUGGUCGUGCAUUUCAUUUACAUAAUGUGAUUGAAAUAAAUUAUUAUUACAUCAGAAGUCCAGUGGAAAGCAUGUGAUAUAGUUAGUAAAGCUGAAGUCUCCAUACCCAUUCUCUUUUUAUAUUCUAAGGUUAUUUUGGCAGAAACUCAACCUAGAGAUUUUUAUGCAAAAAUUGUAUAUACUGUAUAAUGUAACAGGCAAUAAUGCAGAUUACCAAAUAUCAUUGUCAUCUCUUUCAUUAAUCCCACAAGCAUCUUUGUGUCACUAAUGCUCUUAUUUAUCAUAGUCAAAACAAUAGGGAAUGCAAGAAAGCAGUCAUGAAAUGUGCAUAGUCGUCUUAUAGCAGGAUUCAAAUACUUGAUGUGCUUUUCAAUAUUCCGCAUUGCUCUGUAUACAUGUAUGAUGAUAGGAUUAGCAAAGGAAAGACCUUUGCAGAGUUUGUGCAUGAAAGACGUGUCUCUGAAUUUUAAAAUUAGGUGUCUUAAUCAGUAUUUUCCUUAAUAUAAAAAACUUUCUGUUACUGUAUUAAUGAUCUUGCACAUUCCAUUCACAGAUGAACUAUGUUUGUUCUCUUUCAGGACACAGUAUAAAUACAUGCACUUUUAAUUCCAUGUAAAUAAAUGUAGGAAAAAUAAAUAUUUGAAAUCACUGGUUCCCAAAUUUUUUAUAUGCACUCUAAAGUAAAUAUAUUGCAAUAUUUGUUUGUUAAAAUGCUCUAUAAUAAUAACUCCAAUCAAAUUGCCAUAAAGAUGAACCUGGUUACUCAAAUGUUAAAGGAAUUUCAAUAUACUACUGAGAAAAGAAUUUCAAGAACAGUAAGAUUUAAGAUUUGAUGGGUUUUUUUUAAAUCAACUUAAGUUAUUAUUUUGCAAAUUAUUUGUGUAGUUCACCUUCCAGUAAAUUUUGCAGAAAGUUUCAGUUUACAUAAGUUGAGAAGCCUCAAUACAGUCUCUAUGAUGAUUUUUGAUUUGUUGAUAUUGUUUCAGAAUGAAAGUUUUUUUUUUUUUUUACAAACGCUAUAUAUAUAUUAGUAAUCACAGUUUGUUUUAGUUUUCCAUUAUCUCUUAACUUGUUGCUUGUAUCUGUGAAUGUGUAUUAAAUUGUAAAAUACAUUCUCAUCUUGAGCUAUCAUGAGACAAGUUUCACUUUAAAAAAUAAUGGAUAAAUAAUUCAUAUUGUAGUAAUAAACAUUUAGAUAGUUAUUACCUGUCAUUUUGAUGCAGUAUUGCCAAUUUAAUGAUUUUUCUAAACUCUCACAAAUAUCAAAAUCUAACAGAUAAUGAUUUUAAGUUUAAGAUGGUUUCCUUCUUGUCAUUGAAAUGUAUUUGCUACAAGUAUUUUUGGUUUCUUUAAUUGUACCCUUUUCUUUAUGUUGUAUGCAUGAAAUGUUAUUUUUCACCUCAUUUCGUUUGUCAUCUUCAUCCUAUUUUAUUCUUUGUUUGUUCAUAGUUGUCUGAUAUACACACAUUUGUCAUGUAACACUUAUUAUAUUGCAUGUAACUAGCUCAUUUGUUGAUGUAGAUUUUGGCAUUAUUCUAUGUUUUAGGUAUUUUAGCAUUGUAGAUUUUUUAGUUUAUCAUUAUCUUGCCUUUAGAUACCAUUGUAACGUAUGUGAAUUGUUCUGCCAUAUUGGUGCAAAGUCUAGCAAGUCAUUUGUAUUGGUAUAUAUAGUAUCCAUAUAUGUAUCAUAUCUUUUUUUUUUGCAAAUUGUUUGUUUUGAAUAAAUGCAAUAAUGAUGGAGGAUAUGAAAUUGUGGGCCUCGGAGUUGUAGUCAACAACAAUUCUCAUUGCCAAUAGUUAAAUGGUCGACAGUUUAAUACUGCACUACGCCUUUUCUAGGUGAAUCUAUAUCUUUCACACAGUGCAAUUAAUAGCAAAAAUCGAAUGACGAGAGCUGUACAGAGGAGGGUGGAAUACCUCUCGCAAUGCCUGGCGUGAAUUAUCAGAUAUCAGUGGGAUAGGGCCAUCACCACUAAACCCAACCAACCAACCAUCAAUGUGCAUGAAACAUUUAUCUUGAUUGGCCAUUCAUAUUCUGUAAUGAUUACAAAUCUUUAUGUAAGAGGGCCUAGCAGUGUACUGUUACAAGUUGGUGCUAUCUUUACACUGUUACCAUUGGGCUGUUUUACAAAGAGUUAAAUAUUUGCCAAUGCGUGUAUAUUCAAGGUGCAAUCUUGUUGGUGACAACAAGUAAGAAUGUUAUUAGCAUAUUUUAACAACUAGGAAUUUCAAUGUAAAUCCAACUCACACUUCAUUUGUGGAAUACCCUUCCCAAGGUCAGGCAAUUAAAGGACAAGUCCACCCCAAGAAAGAGUUGAUUUGAACAAAAAGAGAAAUAUCUAACUAGCAUAGCACUGAAAAUUUCCUCAAAAUUGGAUGUAAAAUAGGAAAGUUAUGACAUAUUUAUUAAAGUUUUGCUUAUUUUUUACAAAACAGUUAUAUGCACAUCCUGGUUGGUAUGCAAAUGAUGGGAUUGAUGAUGUCACUCACUCAAUAUUUCUUAAAUUGUAUUUUAUUACAUGAAAUGUGAAAUAUUAGAAUGUGAAAUAUUAGAAGGUGAAACAAUAUUUCUUCCUCCUUGAACAUGGGGAAUUACAGUUAUUUUAACAUUUUAUGGUUCAGUCAAGCUGGUCCUUAUUGUCAAAUCUGUAAAUAUUGUUUAGUUCAAACAAAAAACAAAAGAAAUAGUGAGUGAGAGACAUCAUCAACUCUCAUUUGCAUGUUGCUGAGUUGUGCAUAUAACUGUUUUGUGAAAAUAAGCGAAACUUUAAAAUGUCAUAACUUCUUAUUUUACAUCCGAUUUUGAUGAAAUUUUCAGCGUUAUUCUUGUUUGAUUUUUCUCUAUUGAUUCAAAUCUACAUUUUUCUGGGGCGGACUUGACCUUUAAGUAAACUAUAGCUUUAAAAAUGUCAGUAUUCAAUAUAAAAGAAUGAGUGAACUAUUACUGUGGUAUGAAUAAGCCGUAUUGCUUUAAAAAUGAGCAUUCAGAUUAUAAGGGUAACUUAUACAAUUGAGUCUGCAUAAGUGGCCUUUCCCUGUUAGUGGAUUAAUUGCAAAGGGCCCCAGAUAUGCAUAGUACAUGCAGUGUACUGUAGUAUUAUUUGUAGGACCUUUGCAUCUACUAAGUUGAAUUUCGCCUGAAUCAAAUGUAUCAUAGUGGCCCCAUUAGUUUUGAUUUGGCAGAUUCACCUGUAUUUACAAAUUUAUCUAAUAAUGUUUGAAGUAACAUUGUUUACAUGAUUAUUAUGAAAAUAUAAAUGUAAAGUAGAAAAAAAAAUAAAAGAAACCAAAUCUAUUCUCUCUAAGUGAUUCUGUUUUGCUGCUCUUAUGAUUAAACCAUCAUCCAGAAUUAA